AGUGAUUUCCUUUUAGGCAGUCCGUUAUCUGUUGACUGUCAGGACAGGCUUUCCCUCUUCCUCCCCCUGUCCCCGUCCCCCAACUCCUCUCUCUGCCUUCCCUCAGCCUCUUACAUACACACACAUGCACUUUACUGCCAAAAAAGCGUCCUCCGCCCCCCUCCUCAGCUAACUUCCUUUCAGCAUUUUUUUGAGCUGGAUAAUCCUAGGAUUUGUAAAACGGGGGAGAGGAGAGAGGGAGAGAGACGGAGUCAGGACAGGAAGCUGUCUUCUCAUUCCUCUAACCGUCCAAAGGCAGGAGGAGGGAAAGGGGGGGAGCCAAAGAGGAGCCUUGUGCAGGCUCUUCCCCAGUCUCUUUUCAUUAGUCCUUUUGAACUUCCAGUCUCCUCUGAAAGCCGAGAGAAGGAAGACCAAACUGGGAAGUUUUCUUCUGGAAGCAGCGACAGAACUGCUGACAAAACCCAGAGGGUGGCUGUGGAGGAUCCUGGGACAGCGCUGAGGGAAAGACACCCUCCACCAUCGCUUGCCCCCAACUUGCCAACUCUGAUGCGGGCACUUGUCCACCACCCACUUCCCUCUGAUGAGAACCCUUCCGGGCUCGGGCUAUGAUUGCUGCUGCUGCCGGCUGGGGAGCCUCCUCUCUCCCUGACCUUCCUCUGCCACAGGAGCAGCCCAACAUCUGGUGGGGAUUAAUGUUUAUUUCUCCGGCUGGACGUUGCACGGGACCCCCGAUGUUACUCCCUGGGAGCGGGACACGGGCGGUGGUCUGAGGAGAAAGGCGAGCUUUUUGUUGCCCGGUGUGAGGCAAGGGGGGGAGGGGGGUAAGGCAGGAGGGGGGCUAACCUCUUUUGGGACUAAACUCAUGAAGAACAAGGGAGCCAAGCAGAAACUCAAGAGGAAGGGAGCUGCGAGCGCAUUCGGCUGUGACCUGACAGAACACCUGGAGAGCUCUGGGCAGGACGUCCCCUGUGUUCUGAAGAGCUGUGCAGAGUUCAUUGAGACACAUGGCAUUGUGGAUGGUAUCUACCGCCUCUCAGGAGUGACAUCCAACAUACAAAAGCUGAGACAAGAGUUUGUUUCUGAUCAAUGCCCAGACCUGACAAGAGAAGUUUAUCUCCAGGACAUUCACUGCGUGGGGUCACUCUGCAAGCUGUACUUCAGGGAACUGCCUAACCCUCUCCUCACUUAUGAGCUCUACAAGAAAUUCACGGAAGCAGUAUCGCGCUUCCCUGAGGACGAGCAGUUGGCACGAAUUCAAAAUGUCAUCCAGGAGCUCCCACCAUCACAUUACAGAACGCUGGAAUACCUGAUCAAGCACCUGACUCACCUGGCUUCCUUCAGCAACAUGACCAACAUGCACACCAGAAACCUGGCAUUAGUGUGGGCACCCAAUCUCCUCAGGUCAAAGGAGAUUGAGGCUGUUGGCUGCAACGGGGAUGCGGCUUUCCUGGAGGUGCGAGUCCAGCAGUUGGUGAUCGAGUUCAUUUUGAAUCAUGUGGAUCAGAUCUUUAACAACAACAGAAAAGCCAGCUCCGCAGGGAACAGCGAGAACACAACAAUUGUGAAAACUCUGACCCUUUCCUCGGCCUCCCUACCAAUGAAACUGGUGAGCCUGGAAGAAGCUCAGGCCCGGAGUCUGUCAGCUUCUCACCCUGCUCGGAAGGAGAGGAGAGAGAACAGCUUGCCUGAAAUUGUUCCCGUAACUGCGUCCUUCUUCCACACAGUUGUUGACCUUCCGGACAGCAAGCGAAAAUUAUCUACCAAGUCCAAGAAAUGGAAGUCGAUAUUUAACUUGGGCCGUUCUGGCUCAGAAUCAAAGUCUAAACUGAGUCGAAAUGGGAGUGUCUUCGUAAGGGCACAAAAGCUCUCUGAAAAAGCAACUAUUCGGCCCGCUAAGAGCAUGGACUCACUGUGUUCCCUGCCAGUGGAAGGAGCGGAUGAGAAAAGCAGAUUCAAACGGACAGUGACUAGUGGAGGAUUUUUUGUCCCAGUGAUGAAAAUACGGACUGGAGGCACAGGCAGCUCGUAUGACCUCAGCAAGGAGAAUGAGUGGGAGCAGGAGGGAUCUGCUGUGGGGGCCAAAGGAAGCUCUGAGCUGAGUGGGGAGAAAGGUGCCCCCUGGGCACCACAGGCAAAGUCACCCCCUGAGCAGCUGAAGGUCUUCCGGGCAGCAGAGGAUGCUGAAAAUGAGCAGACUUCCCCCAAAAGUGGUCGUAUGUUCUACACAGAAACAGCUGCCAAGUCAGGCUUUCCAAGCAGCCUCUUUCCUUUGGAAGCCUCCCCUCGUCACCAGAGGAAAGCCCUGAACAUCUCAGAGCCCUUCGCUGUUUCUGUCCCCCUCCGGGUAUCCGCAGUCAUCAGCACCAACAGCACCCCCUGCCGUGUACCUGCCAAAGACAAGCCUUCACUCUCCAGCCUAGAGGAACUGUCUUCUCUGAUGCCUGAGAGCCCAACUCUCACUGUCCUGGAAGCAGGGAGCCACACAAGAACAGACCAGGCGCCAGAGAGGAAGGAGAAACAGCCUGGGCCUGCCCUGGUGACAGCAGCAUCCAGAGGUUCUCAUCCUGAGGAGCUGGUGGCAGCCAGGAAACCAGAGUCCUUAGAAACUCCACAGCCAGCAGCAGAAAAUCAAGAGAUGUUAUGUGGGCAAAGCAGCAGCACAAGCAGCAGCAGCCCCCAACAAUCCCCAGAACAAAGUCCCAGCUUGGAACCAAUGCCAACCUUAGAGAUUCGUAUGGGGCCGCUCCCUGCAGACAAGGCAGAGCAAGGACAGCUCAAGAUGAAAGAAGGCUCCUCAGAAGCCAGCUGUGGCCAGCAGGAGAUCCAGAAGGCUAAGGCAGAAGAGGGGUUGCGUUUAAGAGAUCUGACUGAAGAGGAACCUGCUAAUGCCCUGCUAGAACCGCUGUGGCCAGAGAUACAGCAGGAACUGAAAAUCGUUGAACCUGAAGAGCUCUUGCCCUUGCCAGGAGCUGUCCCAAAGACAGGCCUAAUUUCUGAAUCCUGCUCUUCAGUACAAACAGAUAGCUUUUCCUCUGGCCCAGGGCAGGGUCCAGAUCUGUCUGAGCAGAAAUCUGCAGGCAGAACAGCACAGACCACAUCUCAGGUGCCUGUAUUUGGUGCCACCACCACGGAACAAUCAGAUGGUCCCCGCAACUGCCAUUCUGAAGUGACUACACAGCACAGCUGUGCUCCAGCCCUUCCCAAACCUGCUACUCUUCCGACUGCCACAACUACUCCAAAGAACCAUUGCCCAGUCGUGGAGGACAGCAUGAGUGAAUGUCUCACUCCUCCCGUAGACUGGGAGCUUCAUAGUCAACCAGAAUUUAAUGAGGUUCCCCCAAGAGAAGAUUUUUCAUGUUCCAAAGGAGCAUGUUCAGAGCCAGGGAGAGAAAAAGAUAGUACUUGCCAGCUGCAGAGGGAAAAAGAUGAUAUUACCAGAGUCCAGACUCAGAAGGAGAAGCCUGAGAAAAUGACUGCUGAUGCAAAGAACGCAUUCUCCUCCAAGGUGCUAAGUGGAGCUGGAAUCCAGGAGCCGAAGGAGGGCAAUGCUGUUACCAGAACUCAUGAUGCUGGUGACCAGGACGAAGAGGAUACUUGGACAAAUAAUGUGCAGAGCUUAGAACUUGUAGAGCCAUGGGAAGAUCACCAGUGGGUUACAAGCCCACUCCAUUCCCCCACCUUUAAGGACAUUCAAGAAAAGAUGAUACAGGAGUUACAGCCACAUAGUCAGAGAACAGAGACAAGCCUUUCUCUUAGGCCACGAUUCAGUCGCAGCCUCUCCCUGGAUAGUAAAGACACAGUGAUGAGUCUGUGGACUAUCCCAUUCUCUUUCACAAAUGUCACUGAACCACAACAACCUUGCAGUGACAUUCUGCCAGGGACUUGUGAGCUGCCCAAAACACAACCUGUCUCCCCCUCUAGCUUGGGCAAAGCUAAGCAAGAUGCGAAUGGCAUGAGCUCUUCAGAAGAGCCUUUGAAACCUGAGGGGCCAAGGUAUCACCUCAGCAGAGAGGGAGAACCAGGCAAGCAAGAGGGACUCUCCAGAAUCCCUGUUUCAAAGCCAGAGGAAAAGAAAGUGGACACAAGCAAAGAAAAUCCUUGGAGCUCAAAGCUUGAGCUGUCUUUGCCAUACCAAAAUACCCCAGACAGUUAUUUACAGACAAAAAACACAAAGCAGGAGUUAUCCACAUCUCAGAACACUGCUCUGAGAGGAGAGAUCGUUGCCAAAGGACUGUGCUCUGCCACUGAAUCACAGAUGAGUAGUAAAGGUGAAGACAUACCGCGUAAAGGGAGGACUAGGCCAUCAUCCCUCAACUUGGAUUCACUUCUUCCAGGCCCAGAUUUCUUCACCUUUGAGAGCCUUGCCAUGCCCUCUGCUCCUGGGAACCUCCUGUGUGGGCAAAAGGAAGUAAAAUGCAGUGAUUCUGUCCCAUCCCUUCCAACUGCCUGCCCUGCUGUGAGUAAAGGUGUUCCCUGGGGGUCUCACUUCAAUGCCCAUGUGGAUCUAGACUUAGAUUACCUGGCAGUGGCCCACGCCACCACUGGCCGUCGGAACUCUGCCCCUGUCAGUGUGUCGGCGGUCAGGACCUCCUUCAUGAUUAAGAUGUGCCAGGCUAGAGCUGUGCCUGUGAUACCACCCAAGAUUCAGUACACCCAGAUCCCCCAGCCACUGCAGGCUCAGAAUGCUGCUUCAUCAGCAGAGAAGAAAGAAGCGGACACCAAGCAGGCUGGCAGGCAGGCUCACCGAGCCGCGUGGGGACAUCUGGAGCCCCCAAAGAGCCCGUUGACAGAGAAGAAAGCCAAAGCAGAGAAAGAAAACAGUGACCCAGCUCAAAAGGACUCAGCCUGUCCUUGGCAUGGCAGCCUCAGCUCUCCGCUGGAGCCAUCUCAGUCCAAUCAUAACCCUGGCCUGGAUGCCCCUGUUCUGCGCCGAAAGCGCACCUCUGAGGGUGAGUCUGCUGGAGACACCCCACAGUCCUCAAAGAUGGAGAGGCCGUCAGGGUUCUCCAAGCCUUCCUACAGAUCUAGGCCUGGAAGGCCCCAAAGUCUGAUUCUCUUCAGUCCCCCUUUCCCCAUUAUGGACCACCCGUCCUCUUCAGCAGACUCCAGGGUGUUGUUAUCACCCAUAAGGAGCCCCACUCAGACCACCUCUUCGAGCCCUAUUUGUGGAGACCUGUCUGAGGCAUCGCGGACAACACCUGAGGGGGUGACUCUGCGAAACAAAAUGACCAUCCCCAAGAAUGGCCAAAGACUGGAGACCUCUACCAGCUGCUUUUACCAGCCCCAAAGGCGCUCUGUGAUUCUGGAUGGACGAAGUGGGAGGCAGAUUGAAUAGCAACAGCUUCCCUUACUCCUUGUCCCUGGUGGAUGGGAUGGUCAACUCUAAGACCAACUUUGUUGCCAUUCUUGCUGUUGUUAUAACUAUUCUGUGCAAGAAGGACCCAAAGCCUUUACUGUCUCCUGCAAAACAUUUUGCUAUGGAGGGCCUUUGUGUUCCUUUUCCUUCCCUUUCUCACCCUUUCUUAGACCCUCAUGUUCUGCUUUUUUUGUAAGACUGUCCAAAGGAAUUUGGCUUUCCUCAUUCAUGUUGUUUAACAAUCCCUGUGAAAGUCUCAUCCUCUCUGUGAAAAGAAAAGAAACAAUUAAUCUUGGAAUAAUUAGAAAAUAGGGCUAGGAGGAACAGCAUUCCAAAGCACUGUAGCCCAGAGUGCAGAGGCACACAUCUGCCAAGGAGGUGAGUCCAGAUGUUUGGGACAUCCUUCCUUCUUUCCCCAACCACCAUUAAAGUACCAUGCCUGUCCAUCUCAGGUGUCUGGUUUGGAGAGCAUAAGUAAACAGUGUAGGAGAUUGGUGAUAGCUGAAGCAGAAGGUGAAGCAGGUGUGACCAAGUCACACAUAGUGCGAGUUACCCAAGGCUGUUCCAGUGCCAAACAUACAAUCUGAAGGUGCUGAUUCCAGCUCUUUUGUUGCAUCAAAGGUGUGCUCUUUCCAGCAUGUGCUAGGGCUAGAAUAAAAGUAGCAGAACAGGAAAAGCCUAAUUGUUUUAAUUAAUCUUUCAAAUCUUGCUCAUAAAUUUUAUUGUGCUCAGCCACACCUUCUAUUGGCAGGCAAAAUUUGGGUGUGAGGGGGUGUGUAGCUGGCUGCCUAGUGAUGGAGGAUACUCAGGCUGGUAUCAGUUGAAGUGAAGAUAUGGUCAUAACAAAGGCCACUAUCAACUAUUUUCAUCAUUGCUUAAAGCCAGAUGACACCUCUGCAACUAUCUCCAGCUGUGCUCCACACUGCCAUGAGCAGAGAAAAGCAAGAGUAUCUUCUGAUCUGCAUGUCCCUGGGCUGUUGCCCUCUUGCACUCUGACUGACAUGUCUGUGACCCUUGAUCUUUCAUUGCAACUGUGUGGCAUGUCCCCAGGUGCUUCUUCCUCUUUUAAACUUCCUCUCCUUGUGAUUUUACAGUUUCUUUGAGAGCACGGCUGGCUUUCACUUCCCUGCCCCUCAAUGCUUUCAAAUUGAUUGGAAGUAUGGUAAAGAGGAUGAUUUGUGGGACCACAGAACAGAUCAUGAACAAUAUCCUGAGAGGAAGAUUUGAAGUGAAUUAAACUGUCUCCUGAAGGGCCGUUAUCAUUACAGGCAAAUACAUGUUCAUAUAAGCAACAGCUGCCGUGGGAAUAGAAUUAAAGCUUCCAUUAUAAAGCCUCUAACUCUGAGUUAGCCGCAGGCUCAUCUUUUGCCCAGUACGUGACUGUGGGCGAUUGCAAAGUCAGGUACAGCCAGUGCUGUCUCUGCAAUUUAAAUGUCACUAGUGACUAUGGAGGAGAUGGGAACACAGGUGUUGCUGCUAGCAUUGAGAUUGUCCCUGUAAUGGUGCCUGCAGGGGCCAUCAUUCAUGGAGAUCUUUCAGUCUGUAGGCCUUCUGAUGGAUAUUAUGGGCUAUAGCUUAAACGGUAACUGAGCAGCUGGUAGGAAGUGCUACAGCCACCACAGUGGAUGUCAGUCAAAAGUUCCCAAUGGUUGCAUGUUUAGAUCUUUCUCUGCUAAAGGCUGCUGCAAUGCUGGCAUUUUCAAAUUCUUAGUAAACUGAGCUCAUGAGCUCUUGGUCUAUAUCAAAAGUGUCACUUAAUUAGUGUCAUUGGGGCUAGAGGGCCCAGAUUCUCAAUGGUGCUCUCUCUUCAUUCUCUUUGAUUGCUCAAGGGGAGAGAUGCCAGAGUACUUCUGAGAAGUUCUGUGCCCACAUAUGCAAGGAAUAUAUCUUUAGCAGCAUAUUCUCUUGCCAUAUCCAAAGGGAGUGAAAAAACAGUGGGCUUUGUUCCUGUCACCGGUUGCAUAUUUGAUCCUCCCCAUUGUAUUCUGCACUUGUGUAUAAUGCAAUAUAGGAGGGAACAGAGUAGAGAACUAAGUUGCCAUAUUUUAUUAAGGGAAAAUGUUAAUUCUGAAAAUAAGCUAGAGUUCUUGUUUGGGUUUAUGUUCUCCCACAGAUGUUAGCAAGUGUUUUACUGGGGCAAGCAGUGGAGGGCAGGUCCAGAAUAUGCAGCUUUAUGACAAUUGUAUUAUCCUGCAUAAAAUCCCUUUGCAGCCUCCCAUUAUAAUGAGGGGAUUGCUAGUCCAUGUUCCUCAUACUUAAUAAAGCUCUGUGCUGCCUCUACAUGGCACUCAAGAGCCUUUUUUACUGCCUCAUGGGAAAGCUUUUAACAGCCACAGGAGAGUUAAUGGCAAAUGACUUGGGAAGAUGUGAUACAGGUACUAUGGUAAGGCUUUACAGAAUGUAAUGGUAGUGGAAAAGGUGCCCAAUUUUUCUGGUGUCAAUGAAAUGGUUUGCUUUGGGCAGGGAUUUUUGUUCUCCCCUCAGUUACUAGAAGUUCUGACUGCCAAGGCAUUUGGAACAGAGCCAGCCAGACUCAGAAAGUAAAGCAGCAAAAGAAAAAGAAAAUGUUAUGAAACCUUGGCACCUUAAAACCAUCCCUUUUUUUCCUUUUUCUCAUAUAAGCUGAUCUAUGAGCAAGAAAUGAGAUCCUGGCAAUUUGUAUAUACAUAUUCUGUCUUAAUGCUUAAUGGUGUUCCAUUAAGCAAUAACACUGUUGCCAUAAAUGGUGAAAUUCCUGCAAGAAGGAAAUUAUUAGAAAAUGUUACUUAAUACUAAAGAUUGGCCUCAAACAAAAUCUGGAUCCAGACUGUAGUUUUUGAAGAUGCUUCAGAAUUUGAGCUCAGAUUCAGGUCUUGGAUUUUAAUUAACCAGAGCUUCUGAAAUGAGAUCUAAAUUUUGUAGCUUCCCAUCUCUAUUUACAGUUCCAGCUCCACCCUUCAGCUGAUGUAUCAAAAUUCCAAGAGCCUAUUCAGGUGGACUUAACAGACGCACAUCACUAUAGUUUAUGGUCAUGACUGGACUUGUAUCAAGAGAGCUGAGGUAAAGCCCUAGAUCCUGCAGAACUGGGAGUAUUUGCUUAGUUUGUUGCACAGGUGUCACCACACCCAACUCCAGACCCAAACUUCUGUAGAAUUUGUAAUGUUUUAUAGUGGGUUUCUGUUGACACUGACAAUUGCUGUUGGCUUCAAGGACUAUGGCUUAAUAAAUCUGAACAAAGCCAGAAAACAGAAGCCACCUCCCAUUCAGUGGUGCUGAUUGUGUGGUUGCAGCCUCCAGAGACCUCACUUUAUUGAGCCAUUUUUUCCAACUGAGAUCAGCUUCAAGGUCAGGCCUGAUGUCACUUUCACUUUAGAGCCCUUAUGUUGACCUUCGCCACCCUGCACUAGCAGACUGAACCAGAGACUGGAAGCUCUUCUGAAGUUCAGGGUUUUGGAACUGUAUACCGUGGGUGCCAAACUCCUGCCCUCCAGCACAACCCCUCAAAACUGGAGGUUCUGAAAAAGGUUUUCUUUUUUUUUUUUCCCCUCCGCUUCUUCCUGGGUUUGUUUGGGUUUUUCUGGGGAGUAUUGAGAAGGCUAGAACAGAUUUAGGGGAGGUGGGUCUGGCCCAGAAUUUGAAGUUUUUGUAUAAGGGAGAGCUGAGUUGGUUAUUCUUGGCAUUAUGGAAAGGAUCUUCCUAAUUAGAAUGGUGCAUCAUUUGCAGACCUCUGCAGAGUCUGAGAGGAUCACUCUACAGACCCUGGAGUGCAUUCAGUUCUCCUGAGACUGUGAAGAGUAUAAGGGCCUUCUUUGUGAGUUUGCAGAUGACCUCAGUGAAAUGGUUGGGCUGGCAAAGAUGGGAAACAGCAGCUGGAAAGGAAUGACAUGAGUAGAUGUCAGCUCUUGUGGGAGCUGCCUUGUUGGAGGGAUGGUGAGCAGAAAUGAGGAUUGUAUUUUACCUUAUAAACCACAUUCCUCUGGGCCACCCCUCCCAUCCUAUCCUUUAAUAAAGAGUGAAGCACUUCUCUUUUCACCUUUAGGGCUUCAGAGGAACUUAGGUCUACAUUAGGGAUUCCCUCAUCCAGAGUCCAAAAGGUGCAAUCAGUCUUUUUUCUUUCUUUAUGAAUGCCUGUAGUGGUGAAUAUUGUGUUAAAUUUAUACAUACAUAUAUAUAUAUAUAUAUAUAUAUAUAUAUAUAAAGAACAUUAUAUAUAAAUAUAUUAAAAAGGAAAUGUAAUUAAAAUGAAGGAAUUAUCUAAAUAGAAUCCUGCAUGUCUGUGAAACUUGGGCAGAUAUAUAGAACUGUUUCUGCUGCAAUUUUUCUAGCACUGAAGGUGAGCGAUCAAAUGGCUUUUUGCCCACAGAGGAGAAGCUAAUUAGUUCUGGUAAUCUGUGGUGGACAGAGACCCUGAAGCUGACUUCCUGAGAGGAUCAUGUCCUGGGAGAAGAGAGGUGGGAUCAGGGGAGACCAGAGUGCAAGGACUGAUUUAGCUUUUUACCACCAGCUUCUCUCCCAGUCCUUGAAAAAGCAAACAAUCAACUGGAGCAUAUAUUCCCUUCUGGGAAUGCCCAGAUUUUGCAGUUGUCCCUUUUGAUUCUCUGUCUCUAGGAAAAAGAAAUUCUAGGGACUGGGGAAAAACUGUAGCUGAUCCCAAUUCUGUUUAGCUUUUGCCUGCUCCCAGUAAAUGUAAAGGCUUUCUGAUAACUAAUCCUGCUCCAAGCAUGGAAUGGAAAGCUUGCUAUUGCGUUCAGUUGGAGCUGGAGUAGGACUUUCACAGGACUGAAGAGGAAGGAAAGCAGGAGGCAAGUGCUUCCUGAGGGCUCCAUGCAGCAGCCCAAGCCUUGGAUCUUAUUCUUGGAGGUACUGGUCCCCUUCAAAAUACUCAUUUGCUGCCACGUCAAGGGAAGGGUUGGAAAUCAGACACUGUGAAAAGGAUCGUCCCCCCUGUACCCACCCUCGUUAUUGAUUAUUUCUCCUGCUAGCCUUGAUGGAUUGUAUUUUUGUUAAGCUUUGUUCUCUGUGUGGACUUGACUGCCUUUGUGCCUUACUGCUUAAAAAAAAAAAAGAAAAACAACACCCACAAAAAAAGAUGUUUUGCCAGGUCUCAGCCAUGAGAUUAAACUGGAGUUUUUAUAGAAACAGACCUGUGCCUGGUGAUAUUUUGAAACAUUUUCUUUCUCCUGGAUCUGAUUUAUGAACACAGUGAACAAAUGCAUCUGUCUUUCUCUAA